AGGCUGGGUUUGUAAACGUUCAGAGUUGGAUCAUCCGCGGGAAAGAAAGAGUUGCUCCUUCUUUCCUUCCUCGCUUCUUCACGCCCUCAUCAGUCCCCCCCCCGCGGGGUUAGUCACUUGAUCAACGUGCAGCUCGGCAUCACAUUACACGCGCGCACCUUGUUGCCUUUCCCUGUAAGGUUUAGGAGGGAGCGUUAUGCUGAGGUGGGCGGGAAACAAGAAGGAGCAAACCUGUGAACAGGAUCAAUUCAUGCCGGCUGCAGAAUAAAGAAUUAAAGCUUUACCUGGACUUCAGGCUACAGACAGAUGCAAGGAGGACUUUCAGAGGGUUUGUGCAUUUUUCGGGGAAGCGUUCAGACAUGCCACCCACUCCUGAGUGGUAGAGCCCAGGAAAAAAAGCGCUUUGUGACUUGAUUUUGCUGCAACACACUGAGGGGGUGAAAGGCAAAGAGAAGGCAAAGCUGCGGGGAAGAGGAGACUCAUGGAGGCAGGAAAGAAGAAAAAGGGACCUUCCUGCAGGGUUUCAAAGGAAACAUUCACUGCUCGGCGUCUGGUUAUUUUUCUUUUUUCGGUCCUAAAGGACACUGGAAGGAAAGUGGCUGGCAGCCCCAUCCUGUUUUGCGGUGGCUGGGAGUUUGGUUAUUUCCUUGGCCCAGGGAAAGCCCAAGAAAUUUGCCUGAAGCAAAGAACAACAUAUUUCUCUCUCUUCCCCCACACCGGCGGAUUUCAUGUACAAAAGCCGACCGAAACUUCGGGACUCCUCUCCACCCCACCUGAAGAACCUAGAUUGGCGCAGGGCCUGUUGGGUAGGCUGGAAGGGGGGGACGUGACUCUCUCGGUCUUCCACCACCUCUCCUCACCGCUACUGCCUCCGCCCUCAGCAUCUUGUUGCCUUACAGCGCCCUUUUCAUUCCCAGCUAGCCUACCGCGACCUAAACAGGAGAGCUUGCGGAAAAAGCGUGGAAGGGGGUUCCACAUGAGUGGGAUAAGAAAGCAGGCAGGCAGGAAAGAGCAAGGAAUAGGGUCAUUCCCUUUUCUGGGUCGGAGGAACGAGCUAGAAGGGCGGCACAGAAGGGGUAGCAGAAACCUGAGCUUCGGGAGCGGAUUUCUGGAUGGCGAGAGUGCAGAGGUAUAUUUCUGAGGAAACAAAGCGCGUCUUGCGCUUGUCUUUACCCGCCUUUCUGCUCCCCCUCGCCCUGCCUUUCUUCUUGUCAACGUCUGAGGCCGAACAUGCUGUCUUGCGAGUGACCCCGUUAGAUUUUUGCUGAGGGUGUAGGAAAAAGAAAGGGUGGGGGUUAUGCAACGCAAUUUAAAAACACCCCUCGUUAUUCCGUAAAACUUUCCUUUAAAACACACACGCACAAAAGAGUGCUGCUAAUCGCCUGCCUCCUGUGGAUGGGCCCUGGGUCUGCCUGCCAUUCAGCUCUUUGAAGCUAGAAGGUGUUCCGGAGAAGCUGGGAUCAACGGCCGGGGAUUUUGCGCACAAGUAAAGGAAAGUGUUAAUAGACACUUACAAACUACCGCAGUGGUGAAUGACUCAUCCAAUCACCGCGGAGAAAAAAGAGCAGCCGGAUAGAGGUCUCCACAGAAGAGAAAGAAGCUCUCAUUUUCACUCAUUGCAGCUCAAUGCUAGGCAUGUCUACUUGGAAGUAAGUUCCAUUGAGUUCCAUGGGGAUUAAUUUUCAAAGAAGUGUGAAUUCUAUUACAGGCUUUUUAAAGAAAUCCGUCAAAAUAAAAAGUUGCUCUAAUGUCUUAUAAAACAAUAUCUAGGCUGUCAUUCCAUAUCAGUACUCACCUAGAAGAAAACCCGACAUGAAAUCAGUAGGAUUAACUUCCAAGUACACAUGCAUGGAUCCGGGCUGCAACAGCUAUUAGAUCACAUGUAAUCAACGGCAACGCGGCAAUUUGUAAAAAUAGACUAGACUUUCUCAGUCCCAAACCUAUCUUCCCCCCACCCCCAUGGCAGGUAAUUCACACAAAGCCUUUAAUUUGCAAAAAGUGUACACGACAGAUUAUAUCUGAAAUGUGUAUUUGAAUACAUGUUUUAUUAAGAGAUUCUCUCACCUUUGUUCACCAGAAUAAAAACUCGUGCACAUACACCCUCAUGGAAAUAAAGAACACUGUGUGUUUGUAGGAUUCUUCCUAGAUUCCUUUUUCUGGUUUGAGAGCUAUCCUAAGUUGAAACGCUGUAAAUGCUUGAAAGUGGUGCAGCCUUCGAUUCCCCCCACACUGAAGUCAGUCGUGUUCUUUCCCCAGUGAGGCACUACUUCUAACGGUUUGGCACAGAAUUUUUGUAAGCCUCAGCAGGACUCGGAGCGUCGAAAGGUGGCAUCAAAGCUAAUUCUGUAGUAAUUUGCCAUAAAGCACAGUAAGGAGGCGUUGCUCCUGUCCACCAGACACCCACUCUCCGCAAGCGAGCGAAAUAACGAAAGGCGCUGUAACCGUCGCCAGCCAGUGGAAAGGACGCUAGGACCCUGGGGGACCCCGUUCCAAACUGCAUCGUCUCUGCUGCAUUAUAAAUACUUCUCCAAAAUACGGCGGACCUCCUUUCUCCCUUCGCCACUGCCUCCUCAGUCCAUUUCGCAUCAUUAAAAAGCAUCGAGCGUAGCCACUGCUUGGCAGGAUUCUUUUCUUUUUCUUUUCCUAAAUUUCAAGCCAUUUUUCUUGGUCAGUUUGCAUGCAUUAUUUGUCUCCCAAGAUGGUUUGUGAGACUAAGAUAGUGGCAGAAGAUCAUGAAUCGAUUUUAGGAACAAAAAAAGAGACAAUAAUCGUCUCGUCUUCUCAGAUGUGGCCCUCUUUAGCGGGCUCGACGUCGUCUCCCCCGACAUCUCUGGGCACCGCGGUGGAUGCAGAGGACAAGAAGGAGGGCGUUUGCAUCAGGGAAUUUCACCCUUGCGAUCAAGAAGUGGUGCGUCGCAUAUUUUAUGAAGGCAUAAUGGAAAGGAUCCCUAACACAGCCUUCAGAGGGUUAAAAGACCAGCCCUUUACGCAGCUGGUUUAUGGGACAAUGGCUGUAAUAUGCUUUGUUGUGACCAAGUCCUUGCUGCUGACCUGCUGUUUGCCCAUCUUUCUAAUGGGCAUGAGGUACUACUUCAGUAGAAAAGUUAUCCUCAGCUAUCUCGAGUGCGCACUGAAUACGGACAUGUCUGAUAUUGAGCAAUAUUACAUGAAAUCACCAGGUUCCUGCUUCUGGGUUGCUGUGCUGAAUGGCAAUGUCGUGGGCAUCGUAGCUGCAAGAGGGAAUGAGGAAGACAACACAGUGGAGUUGCGUCGUAUGUCUGUUGACUCCAAAUACCGUGGCAAAGGGAUUGCCAAAACUCUGGGUCGCAAGGUGGUGGAGUUUGCCAUAGUCAAUAAUUACUCUUCUAUUGUACUGGGAACCACAGCAGUGAAGGUGGCAGCCCAUAAGUUGUAUGAGUCUUUAGGAUUCAAGCAUGUGGGUGUUGUUGAACAUUAUGCGCUGCCUGGGAUGACACAUUCUAUUCUAGAGCGAAUGUUUUUCCAGCUUCGCUUCCACCGCUACUGCCUGCAGCUGCGUGAAGAAUAA